AUGCAUAGCGAUCUUGCCCCCCGUCGAAAACAAUUCUCUAGCUGCGAUGCUUGCCGAAACUCGCGUGUUGGCUGUGAUGCUUUCAGAAAGCGCACCAAGUCAGGGCAAGUGAUAGAAGCUUGCAGCCGCUGUGCAUAUCGGAACAAAAACUGCAGCUUUCAGUGGAUGAAAAAUGCUUCUGUCAAGGCUAAUAGGUCGUCUGUCUCCUCGAAUGACCAGGGCCAGCUUUUAUCGCCUUCAUCAUCAAAUAACACCAACUCAAACGCCCCAUAUGAGCUGGGAUCACGGCGUCAUAGUAUAUCGCUAGAUGAUUUAAUGGACGGAAAUACUGAGUAUUCUCGGACUGAAAAUGGUUGGAAUGUAGCGACGGAACCUCGAGUAUACUCUCCUCUAGGCUCUGAAUCUUUUGACUGGCUAUUAGCUAUGUAUGAAGGUGUCUUUGAAGCAGUCUUCGGUUCCUGGCUGGGGAAUUACAGCUGCCCAUUUGCAUUCGGUGAAUCAGGCAAUUCAACGACCGGUAAUCCCGAUCUAUCUCUAUCUGUCAGCAUUUCGUCUCUCUGUAGACGGUUCGACCGGUUGAUGAAAGGCUUGGAGAAAGAAGGCCAAGCUGACCUCCAUCUUCCGCCACUUAAUCAAGCCGAGUUAACAAAAGAAUGGCAAAUUGACAACACCUUGAGCCAAGCAAUCCAAGCAUUUUCUGCGCAAUGGCUACCCUUAACUUUUAUUUCAACCUCGCAAAAGACCCAACAACUGCCGAUCAUUCAGCGUCUCUGGCGAGACUUACGAAAGAGCCUUCCUAGGUCAAUGAAUAGACCAUGUUAUCGGUCUAUGCUGAGCUUGUAUCUAUACGCGAUGGUUCCAGUGCCAGUUGGAAUACCAGAAGAAGAGGAAGAAAAUGGUGUACCCGCCCAAGUCUGCGUCCAGGCUGCCUUGCAGCAAGUGCGAUAUCUUCGGGCCCGUCAGAGAAGCCUAGAAUUCAAUGGCUCGAAAGUUUCUUUGCUAUCAGAUCAGACACCUCCCAUCUCUACUCCAGAACAGGUCCGGAGCGACUUCAUGAAGAUUGAGAACAUGAUCUACUGGGCCGCGAUGACGUUUGACACCUCGUCAUCACUGACACUCAACACGACAUCUGUUCUCUCCGCUGGCUUGUUAGGCUGGGAGUCAGAAGCAUGCUGGAGCCUAGUCAAGACUUGCACAAACAUAUUCCACGAACAGUCUGAAGACUGGAGAGCCCAUGGGGUGCUGAUCACCGAAGACACAGCAAAUCAAAUCAUCGCGGCUGCCCAAGCAUGGAAGCUUCGCAUUUGGAAAAUGGGCACGAUCCUCAAGGAGGCGCUCCGAGAGGGUCAUGGCGAGGAAGCGGUACACCAUGCACAUACCUGUGUAGCGGACGCCAUCCAAACAUUCAAUGUCACCUACCGCCCACUCCUCGCUGCAUGCGAGCGUCGGCUUCAGUACUUGUCUCAAUAUACAAAGCUUCGCUGGUGUAAGUUCGCUUUACUGGUGUUCGAGAACGCCUUGUAA